AUGGACCCAUACAAACCUUGGCAAUGUGGACAUGGUGAAGGGUAUCAGUUCAUUAGCAGUAAAAAUAAGAUACAAAAGUAUGUUAGGAAGGUGUACAGGAAGGCCGUGUUGGCUCAGCUGAUCGACCACAACACUGAAGAGGCCGACGGCAGUGACCAAGUAACAAUGUUCUACCAGAAAAACACCGUUACUGGCCGCAUCACAGCUGCCCCCCCGCUACAGACACCCACUAAGCUGGGUGUUCAACCUGAGGGUGCGGAGAUUGUCUACACCCCCGGCACUGUGUUUGCGAAGGAGCAGCCUCGUGGUCGGGGAGGUAUUCCUGAGUUCUUGCUGGAGAAGAUGCGGCAUUUUCAGCAUCAAAACAACGUACCCAUCCAUUUAAAAGGCGGCCCGAUUGACAAGGUGCUCUUUGGGUCGACCCUGGUGAUGUGUGCGGUGGGAUUUGCCGGAUGUCUUCACUUCUUCUACGGCAUGGCCUUCCCCAAGAAGUCCGUUGAUUAAGGAACCAUUGUGUUAAGCUAAAUAGGGGUCAAAUGUAUUUACAAAUUGGUGAGUUGAAAUAGGUUGUAUGGUGAUUAGAGUGGUAAAUUGGCCAGUUGUGUUUAUAAAGGAAAUAUAGUCAUGGUUAUUUUUUUAUAUACAAUACAGAAUGAGGAGAAAAAUGUUAACUUAGAGAUGUCAUCCAACCACUACCGUAGGAAUGACCAACUGAUUGACAGCAGCAUCUUAUAAGUAGUGGUCAAGCAUUUCACAGGAUGUCACCAAGAUAUGUUAAGUUUGUGUAAAUAAUGUGAUAAAAGAUGUGAUUGAUAUUUAUGAAUAAAAUUGCAUAAAUGUU